AUGAAGAUCUUUACAUCAACUCUGAUCGGAGUCAGCACGGUUCUCCAGCAUUCACACCUUGGUCGAGUUGCCGGUCAAGACUCCGAUACGAAUGGCGCUUCCAGUUUCAGUGAUGGAUCAUCUGUUGUGGCAUCAACGUUUGCACCUGCACCCAACAGCACUACUUCUGCUGUAAUGAUUGCUGGUGAUGCAAAUUCGUUGGCAUCAGCGGACCUGCCAGCUCUGGAAUUCAGUGACGGUGCCUCCUCAGGGUUUCGCGCCCUAGAGCCACCCAGCUACCUCGUCGAGCGCACCAACGCGAUGAUGGGCCUAUGUCCACCCAAGUACCUGGAUCCAUCGGUGAUCAAGCACCGUGCGAUCCCAACCAACAACUGGUGGGGAAACAUCAUCGCGCACGACUCGAAUGCGGCCAUUCAACCCAUCUGGUCCAAUCCGUACUCCCUGCAGAUGGUCGUCGACAAGGCUCCGUUCGGCAUGUCCGCGAGCUACCCGUACCGCAGUCGCUUCAGUGGUGGCAACUCCGGCAACAACGGCGCCGUCAAGUACUAUGCGCACGGUAUGGUUCGAGAGUUCUUGUUUUCGGCUGAAGAAAUCGUGUGGCGGAAGCCCAACUUCCAAGUUACCGAUUGGGCGGAUCAAGGAGUGACCGUAAAGUUUACUGUCAGCUCCUCCGGUGGAAGCAUGGUGUCGGACCUUGUUUCUGGCAUGGUGUACGCCUCAAUGAAGUACUCGGGUCUCACUCCGCGAUUCGUGUCAACUGCAGCGAUCUCCACUGUAAAUGGCCGACCCCUCGGUGGUCAAGUGCGUGGUUCCAAGUUCCAGAUCGUCUAUAACUCCGGCCAGAAGUGGGUAGUCUUCGCGUUGUCAAGUGACGGUCGUACUGCAAAAGAUAUCACUCUGACUGCAGAUGGUACAUCCUCCCUCAAGAGUACGGGUGUGUUCGACGGCAUAUUGCGCGUUGCUCUCGUGCUCGAAGAUUCUUGGUUGAGCACGCUCGACCAGCACAAAUCAUGCAUUGUACAAGCAGCGAACGUUGACAUUCGUGACGACAGCUCCUAUGCGUUCAAGUGGAAAACGAUGGGAGAUUGUUCCAGUGGUCUGUUGCACUUUGCAAUGAAGCACCACGCUGAGACCCUGGUCACGAGCAGCGGGGUACGCCAAGUGGACGGCAUGGUAGCCCACUCGACAACUCGAGGCGCGCAUCAAGCUUUCACCACACCAGGCGGGUCUGGCGAUCCCGUGUGGGAAAUCAAGGAGACACAGCAGGUGCCUGAAGACUUCUACCCGUCCCGCAAAAUUGCAUCAAAUGUCGCUCAUGAGCAACGCAUCGCUGAGCACCUGCGCGAAGACAUCAACAGCGCGUGGUCGAUUCCUCUGGACGGCAGCUACUACUUCAACGGCAAAGCUGCGCAGAAGUAUGCAUCCCUGUGCCUAAUUGCGAACGAUGUCGCGAUUGUGGGCGACGACAAGAGUCUGCUGAAGACAUGCCUGGAGAAACUACGCCGUGUGAUGGCGCCGUUCGUAGCUAAUAGAUGGGCCAACAAGCUCCAGUACGACCAGGUCUACGGUGGCAUCGUGAGCUCGCAAGGUUUCAAGACCAAAGAUCUCAACUCGGACUUUGGUAACACCAUGUACAACGACCAUCACUUCCAUUACGGCUACUGGGUACACACGGCGGCCAUCAUCAACCGCCUCGACCCGACGUGGAGUGACCUCAGCAAACUCAACAUCAUGGUCGACCUUCUCGUACGCGACGUCGCCAACUUCGACCGCGAAGACAAGUUCUUCGCACGAUUCCGCUCGUUCGACUGGUUCCGCGGCCACUCGUACUCACACGGCGUCACUCCGUUUGCCGAUGGAAAAGACCAGGAGAGCACGUCGGAAGACGUCAACUUCGCCUUCGGAAUGUACAUGUAUGGCAAGGCCACGAACAACGCGGCUAUGGAGGCCGUCGGCAAGCUCAUGACGCGUGUCAACGCGCAUGCCAUCAAGACGUACUUCCUCGUCGAGGACGCGAACCAAAUUCACCCGGCCAACUUCCGCCCCAACAAGGUCACGGGCAUCUUCUUCGAUAACAAGGUGGACUACGCGACAUGGUUCAGCGCUGAGAAGCACUGCAUCCACGGCAUCCAGAUGAUCCCCGUGUCGGCUGUGACCGAGUUCGUGCGCACCAAACAGUUUGUAAAAGAGGAGUGGGAGCAGGUGCUGGGCAAGGAGGCCAUCGUUACGCGCGAGGACACGGGCAACACCUGGCUCUCGCUGCUGUACGCGAACUUCGCGAUGGUGGACAAGCAGCGCGCGCUGCGUGUAUUGCAGAAAACAAAGAUGGACGACGGCCUGUCUCGUUCCUGGGCACUCUACAUGGCUGCCAGCUUUGCUGAGUGA